AUGUAAACAAUCGACGACCACCUCAGGUCUCAGGUCAUCUUGAAGGGUUUGUUGGUGAACAGUGUACUGUUCUUGCUAGAGAAUCCGAAAAUGAUAUCGGUUCGAGGCAAGUCAUCGCAAAUCGGGCAGUUUCUGAAGGCGACCAGCAGCGUGGUUCCCUCUCAGAGCCGGCCCGUGGCUCGAGCCGUCAAUGAGCUCAAACACGAGAACGGUCCCCACGAGGGACCAGCCAUCACCGCUAGUGCCCUUGCUAGGUCGCUCCCUCAGCGAUCAAGCAUGCUCGCCGUCUCGGGAUCUCUAACGGCCCCGUGCCAGAUACGACUGGCUCACACGGAUCUGAAGGUUCCGAAUUUCGAUCACUACCGUCCGGACGACCGCAAGACCGUCACCAAAAACUCCAGGGAGAGCAAGGUCUCUGUCGGAUCGUACGUCGCUGGCGCUGCAGUUGGCGUUGCCGGUCUGUACUCGGCAAAGAAUACAGUGGCCUUCUUCGUGGAAGCCAUGGCGGCAUCUGCCGAUAUUCUGGCGCUGGCAAAGAUCGAGAUCGAUGUGACGUCCAUUCCCGAAGGUAAAAACGUCACGUUCAAGUGGCGUGGGAAGCCGCUGUUUGUGAGGCACCGAACUGAUGAAGAAAUCAAGCGGGAAGCAGCUGUGAACCUCGCUGAACUCCGCGACCCGCAGAACGACAGCGAUCGCACGGCCAAUCCUAAAUUCCUUGUCGUUCUCGGGGUGUGCACGCAUCUCGGUUGUGUGCCCAUUGCGAACGCAGGAAACUACGGGGGCUACUAUUGCCCCUGCCACGGCUCCCACUACGACGGAUCGGGUCGCAUCCGGCUCGGACCCGCGCCCUUGAACCUCGAAGUUCCAGAACACAAAUUCACGUCUGACACUACCCUAGUCGUAGGCUAGCAACUUCCCAAUGCUGUCGUAGAAUUUUGGAAUCGGUUCGGAUCCCGAGGGGAGUGCUUCUCUUUCGGGGGUCCGGGCUUGAAGUUUGUUAAAACUAGUAUGAGGGACGAGGAACUUCGUUUCUGAGGCGGAAACCUGCGAGGAGGGAGCCGAUGAUGGUGAUCAUAUAGUUGGAGAACGGAUCGAGGGAGAUGAGGACAUCAGCGCCGGAAACUGCUGAAGUGUCGGAAGAGAAAUAAACCCGAGAAGUAACGGAACAGA